AUGGGACUGAACAAACCAAACCAGUUAAGCAUCACACGGCGACUGAGACACCAGAGUCAGUCGCAGAGGUUCCCACUUGUGAACAAAUGGACCAUCGACUUCUCAAGCGAGCGGACGCUUGCUGAUCAAGCGUCGCCUGACAAUCUUCCUGCCUCAAAACGUCUGCCUCAAUCGCCAUUGAUCACACACCCUCAGCCCGGCCCCGUCAAGAUUCGCAAGAAUCGACCAACACGAAAUGAUACGUCUGAGCUUGAAAAGAACCCAUGGGCCGUUGCGCUUGCCUCGCCUGUGCGCAUGUGCUCCGUCACAGGUGCGCGUAUACCGCGUGAUUUACUCGGUGAAUGGGGCCUUGUACGAAAGCCCGAUACCGAGAAUCAUUAUCUACUUCCAGUUGGUCUCAUGAAAGAUGCGCUUAAACCCCGAUCAAAAGCCGAGGCGAACGGUCCGGAAGAAGUCCGGGCAGAUCUACCCUCUACGGAUGAAGCUACUCAAGAGUCGACGAUAGUAAAUGCCGUUCGUCAGGAGAAGCCAGGCCAGCAGCUCCUUCUUCGAAUGAUAAACUCUCAGCCUCUUCUUCAAGCAUUGUCCAAGCCUUUGUCUCGAAAUAGCGGAAAGCGUCCUGCUAUUGCCAAAAUACUUCCCUUUAGAUGGAAACAUCCACUGGGGCCUAUCACGUCUCGUGUGGAAAAGCAGCUCCUGUGGAGGCCAGAUAUGGCGGACUACGUGUUACGGCAGCGACAGCAAGCCGUUAUCAACAGCCUUGACAAGGUCCAACGGAGACAUCCUCGUUUAGAUCUGCCAGAGGGAGCUUGGAAAGUACUCGAUGUUCAUGAACCAUCAGUUACCGCGAUUUCGGAGGCCUUGGGACGACUAGGACCUCUUGAGCGGAUGGCUUCCGGUGUAAUCCUGCUGCUUUCACCACUAGGCGGUAGUGCGCCGACCGCAGAGACUCUCUAUAGUCCCACAACUGAAAGCGAGGUCCCUCUGUUUGACCUGCCAGCAUUGCUCACUCCUUCCGAUCUGGCGAAGCUGCGCGCGACUGAGCCCGGAUACUUUCAUGGGGAUGCAGUUUUCUUUAGGCCGGAUAACCGUGUAGACGUCGAGGCCGUCUUAGCACUUUGGAACCUCCAGCGAUAUGCGGCAGGCGUCAAUUCUUGA